AAAAAGAAUUGAGAAAAAAAGGGAAAAGACAUGAGUGCAAAUGUCCAAGUCCAAGAGGAUGCGUUAAAUCCAAAGAAUUGAAGCACAACCAACAUGGAACAAAUGGCGACAAUUUCAUUCUCAUUUGCUUCUCCUUCCAAGACCUUAAACCCAUCAUCAAUCUCCCCCCAAAACCCUACCUUCUUCCAUCUAUGUAAUCCCCAACACCUCAAAACAACACUAUCCCCACAACCCCUCUUUCUCAAAUCCACUCCUCCCAUUUCUCAUCUCUUUAUCAGGUCCCUAAAAACCCCACAAUGUCGUAUUUCUUCAACUCCAAUCACUUCCCUGUUUACCGGCAUAGUUGAAGAAAUGGGUCAAAUCAAACAACUCGGUUACACCCAACCCGACAGUUUCUCCAUGAUAAUCCAGGCUAAACUCAUUCUUGAUGACAUCAACCUAGGCGACAGUAUUUCUGUCAAUGGUACUUGUUUGACUGUUGCUGAUUUCGAUGCCCAGAAGUUGGAAUUUAGUGUUGGAUUGGCUCCUGAAACACUUAGAAAGACUUCUUUAAUCGAAUUGGAAAAAGGGUCUUUGGUUAAUUUGGAAAGGGCUUUAAGACCUAGUACUAGAAUGGGUGGUCAUUUUGUGCAAGGACAUGUUGAUGGUACUGGUGAGAUUGUUGAGCUUAAACCUGAAGGGGAUUCUUUAUGGGUGAAGGUUAAGACUGGGAAAGAGCUUUUGAGGUAUAUUGUGCCUAAAGGGUUUAUUGCUGUGGACGGGACUAGUUUGACUGUAGUUGAUGUGUCUGAUGAAGAAGAAUGUUUUAAUUUCAUGUUGGUGGCUUACACCCAGCAGAAUGUGGUGAUUCCAAUGAAGAAAGUGGGACAGAAGGUUAAUCUUGAGGUGGAUAUAUUGGGAAAGUAUGUGGAGAGGCUUCUUAGUAGUGGCUUUGUGGAUUCCAUCAAAUCUUCAUGAUAAAGGUAACCUUUCAUUUCAUGGACGUUGUUCCUAAUGCUUACUGAAUACUAAGCACUGAAUUAUGGAGGUCUCAGGUUCGAAACCCCCUGCCAACGACAGCAGGGGAUUUGCCUUCUGGGUCGAGCUCGUCGCACGGGGCUUGCCUAGUGCGGGUUACCUCUCCUGUGUGGUUUGCGAGCUAUUGCACAGGAGCUGGGUUUACCCUGUGCGCACCCAAAGGGUAGCGGCUGCGGGUUCCCAUGUCAUCAAAAAAAAUAAAAAAAUACUAAGCACUGAAUUAAGAAAUUGAAAUAUUUAUGGAACUCUUACAUCAUUAUUUAUUUAGCAAAACUUAUGGUGAGCUUAAACCAAUUUUCGUCUAAUGUUGCUUGCGUAUACAACCUCUCUACCCACAAAGAUAGAGGUAAGGUCUGCGUACAUCCUACCCUCCCCAGACCCCACUUGUGGGAUUACACUGGGUAUGUUGUAGUUGCUGUUGUUGUUGUUGCUUGCGUGUACAGAUAUGGAUAUACUUUUUGAGCAUAUUUAUUUAUCCUUUUUUCUAUUCAGCAAAUUCUUCUUGAACGAUGCAGGUAUCGCUUUAAAAAAUUUGGAUCAUCUAAUUAAUUUGUGAAUUGAUAGUAGUAUGAGCCCCUGCCUUUCUAUAAUGUUCUGAAAACUGGUAUUCAUGUGAAUCAAUGAUGCCUCCGCCAGCCUUCGAUAACUUUAACUACUCUCUGGUCAUGAGCCAGCCAAUCAUAUCAAUACGUUACUUCCUUUUCCUCUUUUGUUGGAAAAAAGCUGAAGUGACAAUGUAACAUACUGGAUGAUAGGAAAUUAAUAUGAACUUCAUCAAAUAUACCCCUCCGAAAAUUUUAAGCUCUUUGCCAUCAUUUUGCUGGAAAUAUUAACAGUUUGAAUAGGCUUGCAAUGCUGCUGAUUCUAUUUGCAGGCUUUAUGGCUAUUACUUUGAUGGGCAUCGCUGGUGGGAUUAGUAAACACUAAACUCUAUUGUUGUAUAACAUUCUCUUUGUAAUCCUCCUAGUAGUAGUGACACUUUCUUUUGAUCACUGUCCAUUCCGUGUCCCGGAUUGUGUUUCUGGUUUAAGUCUUUUCCUAAUUUUUUUUUUUUGAUAACUGUGGUUUCCGAGCCAGCUUGCUGGCACCUCGACUAAUUCCACGGGAUACUUGUCACCUCCCACCAGCAACAAGUACCUCUGUCCACCAAGGCUAGGUGAGAUGGGAAGAAGUCACCUAGUGUUUUUGUCUCUGUUGGGAUUUGAAUCUGAACCAUGAUGGUUCUCAACCCACAUCAUUGACCAUUAGGCCACACCCUUGGGUGCUUAAGUCUUUUGCUAAUUAUCUACAUAAAGUAUGACAGUCGAAUUAUUGAUGGUAUCGCAUUCCCAAGUGACAAGUCUAAUAUAAAAUUUCCUUGCUGUUUAAAAAAUUUUCAUUACUGAAAUAGUUUUAUAUAGAAGAAUAAAGUACCUUGUCAAUCUUCAACAAUAAAACUUAUUUGAAACUUUUGCUGUGUGUAAGGGAGAACUUUCAUGGUUAAUGAAUAAUUUUCCUAACAAUGUUUCAUUGUGCUUGUUAACUUACAAUCGCGCUGUCUGUACCUGAACCAUAUCAGCAAAUGACCACUAAAUGAGCUAACGAAUUGACAUUGUAAUUGUUCCUUCAGAUUCAUUUUGCACUAGAAGUUAGCAACUUAGCAUUACUGAAUGCAGACUACAGAAACCAGUAUACUAAAUUAGUUGUUUUGACUAAUGCCAAAAAGAUGAGUUAUUCAUUGAAAUCUAAAAGACAGGUUUUUGGGCCUGCAGAGAUCUCUUGACAUGCUUACAAUUUUUUGAGUUCCGGUGAAACAGUUAAUCACAGUUGAACAACACAUUCAUGUUCAGUAGUGCACCGUCUGCAUUUGACAUUUUAAUUUUUUAUAGCUAAAAUAUUUCGUGGUGAGAGUUGAUACAUAAACUCUCCGUCUCUGCCUUCCCAGUAACAACACUAUUGCAGAUAGUGCGAAUCCUAUGCCUCAAAGAUUGUGAUACUAAUGCUACAGUACUAGGGAGGAAGAUAUGAUUUCUGUAUUUCUG